AUGCAUCGGUCACACUGCGGCACGCGUGUGGCACGCGCAUCAUCAUCAUCGUCGCAACGCCGCUCACGUGCUCCACCGCUCGUGCAUUCGCCGUCACUGCUCAUGCAGGCAGACUCCGUGAAUGUGCUCCGUGACUGCUCGAGCAAGCCCCCUUCACCCCCCUUCCACCUCUUCUUCUUGCUCCACCUUUCCAUGUGGGUGUCUAUCCGCGGCGGAGUGGCAGGUGUGUGGCGGCCCGGACCCAAGGGCUCGUGCAGACCGCAACCGCAGCAGGCGAAGCGUCGGCUGCAGAUGGAUGCUGACGUGGACAGCAGGAGUGACGAGAGGCUAGCGAAGGUGCAGCGAAGCUACGUGCUGCAGCAGGUGGGGCAGCAACGCGGGCAGGCAGGGCAGAUGCGAGGCGAGGAGGCGGAGGGUGGGCAGAGCGGGACACGCGAGCAGGCAGGGGCGAGUCGGGAAACGGGGCCGGGGAGCAAGCAGGCGGGAGUGGGGCAUGGUGAGGCGUGGGCGUGUGAGCAUGAUGCAGGGAAGUUGCACGGCGGAGGAGGGCGGGGAAACGAGUUCAUGACGGGAGGAGGGGAAGGUGCGGCUGGAAGGCGCUGUGGUGGCACGGAGGAGGAUGCGGCAGGGCACGGGCAGGAUGGACAGCAUUAUCACAUAACACCGCGAUCAAGGAUAGGUCUCCUCAACAGCAGAAGCGAUGCAAUCAACAUGUGUUACGUCAACUCCACACUGCAAGCCCUCGCCUCCCUCCCGCCCUUCCUCUCCCACCUUCUCCACCUGCCCAUCCCCGCCCCUCUCGCCCGCUCCUCCUCCCUUCGCCUCCCCGUCACCACUGAGCUUCAGCGGCUGACGCGGCAGCUGCUGGGCCUGCCACGUGGCAACGGCAGUGGCGCCAUUGUAGGGAGCAUUAGCAGUCGAACGAGGGGGACAGCGGGUGGCGUGGCUGAUGCGAGUGCUGUUAAAAGGGCCGUGGGGCGAAGCGCUCGCAUCUUCGUGGGGCAGGAGCAGCAGGACGCCCACGACCCCAAACUGGGAGAAGGCAGGGUGCCUGUGGGUAGAGCAGGAGAGGGGGGGGAGGGAGAGCUGGGGCGCGAGGGAGGGAGGGGAGGAGGGAGGACUGCGAUUGCAGAGAGGGGUGGAGAGGGAGAGGAGAGGGUGGAGGAGGCGAGGACUGGGGACGGGAGUGGGUGUGCAGUGGGCACCAAUUUCCUGUCAACGGUGGAAGUGGUGAGGCAGUGUGAGGGGUGCGGAGGGAGAGAGAGAGGUCAAGAGGAGUUCCUCUGUCUCUCACUCCCAGUCCCCUCCUCCUACCUCGCGCGCCCUGCACCUCACCCCACCACUGCUGGAUUUUCACCUCCUCCUGCUCCUGCUGGCUCUACUGCUGGUGCACGCAGCAGCAGAGGUAGCAGAGGCAGUGAUACCGAUCCCACUGCUGCUGCCGCUGCCCUUGCCUCGCUCACUCACCAUCCGCUCUCAGCACUGCUGCAACACUUCUUCCAGGACGAGACAGUGCAAGGCAGGGCGUGCACCCACUGUCACCGCUCUGCACCGUGCCGCAUCUCCCAAGCCUUUUUGCGCCUGCCUCGCAUCCUCGUCCUCCAUCUCAACCGAUUCCAAACCACCUUCCACCCCACUGCAUGCCUUGAGAAACCUACUCUGUGCCGCGAGGAGCCUAGUGCCUCCCUUGACAAUCCUCCGUUCUGUGAACCACCUCACCACGCACCGCCCUGCCCUGCCCCUCCGUCUCCUCACAUUGCUCAACACGCACACCCUCUCGCCUCUCGCGCUGCUCUAGACACUUCCCCUCCAUUUCCUGAGAACCCAACAACUGCUCCUCCCUCUACUCCUCCUGCUCCGUCUGGCAAGGCGCCUCAGGCUACAACCAGCCCAGCGCGCUCUCGCUCGCCCGCCUCUCCUCUUCUGCCGGCUGCUGGGGCUUCGUCUGUCAACCCCUUCUCACUGGCAAAGUCUGCAGCUAGGCACGUGGUGUCUAGGGAGGUGGUAUCUAAGGGUGUGGUUUGUGGGCUCAAGGGUGGAGGCAGACUGAUAAGGCGUGUGAGUAAGGUGGGUGCAGAUGCGGAGGAAAUGGAAAAUGGGGGGAGGGUGGAGGGGCAGGUGGUUGGGAGAAUCAAGUUGCCGAGUGAAGGAAGGGCGGAAGAGCACGAGGAGGGGCCAAGGGGGAAGGGCGAGGGUAGGGAGUGUGAAGAGGAGGAUGAAGAGGUGGAGGAGGAUUGGGCGGAGCUGCUGGAAGGGGCAGCUGGUGUGAUUGGGGAGGGUGCAGGCGAUGGUGGUGAUGCCAACCCUGUGAGCGUGAUGGCGGAUGGUGGCAGGGCGACCAGCAGCAGAGUGGGUGGUGGUGGUGGCAUGGAGGGGAUGCAGGCGAGCAGGGGUCGGUAUGAGUGCAGGAAGAAUGUGGAUCGGGUGGAGAUUGCCACAUUACUUAACAUCGGUCCCUUUUGUGCAGCAGCGAUGCAGGAAGAUAUCUCCCAAGGCACAGAGCGGCCGACGGCAGCACGGCAGCAUGGCAGCAUGCCACUGUCCCAUUUCCCCUUCUCUCAACUUCAUCUGACUCCCUCCCCCUUCUAUUUCCACUGA